AUGGCGGCGACAGCUCAAGGCUCGCAAGAGAUUAUAAAAUGCUCCACACGGGAGUCGCCGUUGCUAAUCAAACAGCCGCCAGGCAGCUCUGCAGUUGCACCAGGGACGUCGACCGGCUUGGGAGACGCAGCCGCCGAAAUCAAGGGUCUUGCUGCACCGCUCUCAUCGCCACCCUGCCAACAUUUCCUUUCAGAAUCAGGCACCGAGGUAAGGACCAUUCUGCAAAGGCAGCCCGUGGUCAAGUAUAUGCUACAAGAUCCAGACGUCUGUGACAGCAAUAUGACAUUCAACGCAACUGUCGAUUCGACGCAACACAUGCUGUUCGGAUGGGUGGACCACCUGUCGUUCGCACUCAUGCUGGGCCUUUCCGCAGCCAUCGGUAUUUAUUUUGGAGUGUUCGGUCGCGCCAAGAACACCGCCCAAGUGGACUACCUGCACGGCGGCAAACGCAUGAGAGCAUUUCCAGUCGCAGUGUCACAAUACUUGGAGCGCCGCUUCAGCCGUACCAUUCGCUUAUUUGCAUCUGGGUUCUUCACGCUCAAUCUGGUGCUUCACAUGCCUUUGUACGUGUACAUGCCUGCUAUCGCACUAAGCCAAGUGUCUGGGAUCAGUGUCCACUGGAUCACUCCUCUGGUUUGUACCGUCUGCGUUUUCUACACUAUGCUGGGCGGCCUGAAGGCGGUGGUGUGGACGGACUUCCUGCAGAGCGGAGUCACGCUGGCAGCCUUCAUCGCGGUGCUUAUCCUGGGGUUGGUGAGCGCCGGCGGCUUCGCAGAGGUGUGGCGGGCCGCCGACGAGGGCGGCAGGGUCUCCUUCUUUAUGAUGACCCCAGACCCCUUCGUUCGGAGCUCCUUCUGGGCAGUGGUGAUCGGCGCGACGGUGUCUUUCGUAGGAGGCUGCGCUGUCCACCAGGGCAUGGUACAGAAGUUCAUGUCGCUGCCGGACCUGGCGGCUUGUCGAAAGGCCCUGGCUGGCUUCACGUUUGGCAUAAUCCUCAUGAAGGUCAUCAGUGUCUUUACUGGGUUUCUGCUCUAUGCCGCCUACCGCGACUGUGAUCCUGCACUCUGUCGAAGACUUAUACCGCAUUCAGAGCAGCUGCUGCCCUUCUACGUGAUGCGGGUGGCCGGCCACGUCCCCGGGCUGCCGGGCCUCUUCGUUGCAGGCAUCUUCGGCGCUGCCCUCAGUUCCAUGUCUGGCACUCUCAACGCUCUUUCUGGUACUAUCUACGAGGACUUCCUACUGCCCCUGAUGCCCAAAAAGAAGACGGAUCUGCUGGUGAACUUAAUAAUGCAGGCCAUCGUGCUGGUUGUGGGCAUCAUCACCGUAGGAAUGGUCUACAUUGUAGAGAGGCUGGGAACAAUUCUGGAGCUGGGCUACAGCGUGGGAGGCGUGACGAACGGCUCGCUGCUCGGGAUAUUCACACUCGGCAUGCUGGUUCCCUCGGCCAACACAAAGGGAGCCAUCGCGGGCAGCCUUUGCGGCAUGACCGCCGUGGCGAUCCUCAUAACCGGCGCGCAACACGCCACAGCCACCGGAAGAGUACGGUACCCGCCGCUGCCGACGUCCGUGGAGGGGUGUCCCGGUAACCUCACAGCCAGUGUGCACACCGCCGCAGCAGCCGCAGCGACCAGUACAUCGGCGGACGACGUGCUUCUGUUGUUCCGGCUGUCGUACAUGUACUACACUGUGGUGGGCGCCCUGAUUGUGGUCACUGUCGGCUGGGUCGUGAGCCGCCUGACGGGUCCUCUGAAGCCCGGCGACGUCGACCCCAGGCUGCUGGCGCCGCAGGUGCGGCCCACCGACCUCAAAACAGCGGCCCAGGACGACCCCGCUGCCGCAGUGGAGCUGCUGCCACGCGGGACACAGCACGACACCGACACCAGAUCUAGCUAA